AUGUCGGUCCCUCUCAGCAUCGGGGACAUCGCAACAAUCUUGUCGAUGGCAAAUUGCAUGUAUAGGGCCCUGAGCGACGCUCAGGGGUCAGCCAAAGACUACCAGGAGACGGUCAAGGAGGUGCACGGCUUUCGCGCUGAUCUCGACAUCAUAAACAGUGUCGCAGUCCCUUUGGCUCUGGCUUCGAACGCCGCUGUGGCCGCAUCCAUCCGCGACAAGGUCGAGAAAUGCGACGUCGUCACAAAUAGAUUCCUGGAAAGGGUCGAACGCUAUGACGCUACGCUUGGAGCACGUCGCAGGCGAGGGAAGGUGUUUACACGUACAUGCCGGAAGAUCAGCUGGUGGCUCUGGCACGCAGAGGAGGCUUCCGAAGUCAAACAGCAGCUGAAUGUGACAGCCAACAGCAUCAGCAUGAUCCUUCAGGUGCUCAACCUCUCCGUCCUCUUAGACAUGUCGAAGUCAAUCAAUGCACUCGUGGGUAGCAGGGAAACAUCGGAAAGAGGCUGCACCGAGUCCACGGUAUGUCUCAACCUGAUAGUAACCGACCCCUUAGUGGACGACCACAUCUAG